GUGUAUAUACCAAGGUCUUCAUGCGACUGGAAGAGUUGCUAGAAGGAGAGUUUUUCACUGAAUACAUCAAAAAGGGUAUACCCUCCCCUGAACCGGCCUAUAUCCCAAGUGGUACUGUGAAGCAUAGUGGCUUAUUCAGUGUAGGUAACAUCAUGAUGCUCUCCGAGGGGCGCCCUCUUGUCGAUAAUGUUUUCUCGCUCUAUGAAGGCAUGCUGAGACUAGAGCUCGACCGGCCAACCUAUGAAAAAGUCGGCUUACAGGGGAAGCCUAUUGAAGACGGAGGUAGAAAGCACCAGUCAAAUCGAUGGGUCAUCGAAUGCAAUCUCCGGUUACCUAAUAUGAUGCCUGGCAAGAAGGGUUUCUCUCGUCUUCAAUGGGCCUUUAAGAAUGUGCUCAAUCGCAGCAUAACAUGGUUGUUCUACAACUUCAACCCAACUGCGAUCGAAUCGCUACGGGCAGGACAGGAGCCCAUAUCCCAACAUCAACCAUGCAUCAAAAGCAUUGAGCCCGUCAUUUCAGAUCUACCCAAUACGCUCCUCCCCGAUAUCUCUGUUGCAGAUCUAUCGCAGUUGUACGAUCACGAAGGGACCCUCGAUCUUUACGAGUAUAUACAAAUGCUGUGCCUAACGUCGCCCCGCGUUUCCGCGCAAGAUUCCAUUGAUCCUCACCUCUCACGUUACGAAGUGCCUUCGCUGGGUGCUACUAAACCAAAAUCUCGAAACAUGGUGAGGGUACGCUGGCAGGGUUUCAUCAGUCCACAAUUUGCGAGGGAAGUGUUCCUGAUGGUGAGAAAAGAAGGGCUGAGGAUUGAUAAAGAUGGACAGGAUACUGAACAAAGUACAUCAAGAAACGCCGAGGGGAGUUGGAUAGCCAUGAGUGCUAGCGCAUUUGGGGGCGUGAAAGCUUGGACGGUCAUGCAAUGGGCAGGAUCAGAGACUUUGACGUGGGAAAGCGACCUUGUCUGA